CCGAGACCAUAAAUAGCCGUGGGAGGUGGCCCGGCUCUCAUCGCUGCUGAGGAGGAGAUGGAGCCGGGCUCGGUGACGGCAUCUGGGACGUUAAGGGCCGGGGCAAGCUGUCUGAGACCCCUGUGCAGGAAUUUUGCCCGUGGAUUCUGUCGGUGGGGCCAGAGCUGCCGCUUCUCACAUGACAGAAAAUCAGCCCAGGUCUGCAGGUACUUCCAGCGUGGGUUUUGCCGUUAUGGAGAGCAGUGCAGCUACCAGCACAUCCAGGAGGAGCCGGCACCAGUAGGGACCCAAUAUGGUCUGAUGUCCCACCGCCACUGGGGCCAGGAGCCUGCCACUGAGCCCACAGCCACGGAGCAGGAGCAGGGGGGAGCCCAGGGCACUUCAAUCUACCCUGGCAGCAGCAUGACGUGUGUGACCUUCCAGUUCCUCAAACUGGAGGUAGAAGAGAAAGACAAGAAGAACAUCCCAGUACUUCAUAACAUCUCCUGUGGGGCCAUCAGUGGAGAAUUUGUCCCCACAAAAGUUCGGGGUGUCUCAGCCUUUCAACCACAAGGGACAGCACUGGAUCCAGACUCCUCUGAUCCCAGAAAGGCAGUUUUGGAGACGGCAACAUGGACUGACCCUGCAAAGGUCCCUGCAGAGCCGGGUGCUGCAGCAGCCCUGGUCACCACUGCAGCGCUGAGAGCCCAGAGCGAGGCCGUGGUGUGCGGGAUCUGCAUGGACAGGGUGUACGAGAAGCCGCUGCCGGAGGAGCGGUUCUUCGGGAUCCUCCCGAACUGCAGCCACGCGUACUGCGUGGGCUGCAUCCGCAAGUGGAGGCGCAGCCGGGACUUCAAGAACACGGUCAUAAAGGCCUGCCCAGAGUGCCGGAUCACCUCCAGUUACUACAUCCCCUACAAGUACUGGGUCUCGGAUGUGGCUGAGAAGGAGAAGCUCAUCAGAGCCUUCAAGGCACGGACGGGGAAAAUCAGGUGCAAGUUUUUCAUCCAUGGCCACUGCCCUUUCAAAUCAGAGUGCAUCUACCUGCACGAGCUGCCCGCCCGCCAGCUGUGGCGGCACAGGCGGCAGCGGCCGAAGACGCCCGCCGUGUUCAUCCCUUCUUCCUCGGAAAGCUCUGACGAGGAGGAUGAGGAGCUGCGCACUCUCGAGUGGGCUCUUACCCUGGCCAUGCUGGAGACAGAAUUUCCCGACUCAAGUUAUGGCCACGAGAUGCUUCUCAUCGACCUCAGCGAUUCUGACUGAGCCGCAGGGGCCAGGCUGGGCCUGGGUGCUGCUGGUGGCUGGGACACUCUGGGAGGUGGAAGCGUCUGCUUUUGACUCCUGCCGUUGUUUUGGGCUGGCUCCAGCCGUGGGGGUGUUGCAGGAUGGGGUGUGUGAAAAGUGCGUAUUAUAUGGCUCUACGCAAGAUAUUUACUAUAUGUAUUAUGUUGUAUUGAUUGUUAAUGUUGGAUUAAUAUUUUGAUAGUACGGUAAAUGUAGUUUUGUAGUGAAAAUGUAGUUUUUAUAUACCAACGACAGGAAAACGUAAAUCUUUCAGAGAAAAAGAAUUUACUACUUCCUUAUCAGAAGAGACCAACUUCUUGCUCAGCCCUGAAGACGCCAUAGAGAUUAAAGGAAGAAAGUGAUACUAACGAAAGACAAUUCUUUGUUUGAAUGGAAUUUAUGCAUCAUGUAUGAAAUGUAUGAAUAUUCAACAGGCUAUUGAUUGCUUUUAAGAGAUAAGCCUUUGUUAACGGGGGUCCUUCUUCGGAGCUUUUUUGCUCGGGGAGGCACCCAGACAUCUGCUUCUUUGUUUCUAUUGUCUCGUAUUGUCCUAAC